AUGGCAACUCGACCUAUAAUGGUUACAAUAGCAGUCACCUCUGCUAUAGGCGUCAUGGGUUAUUUAGCUCUAUGGUUGCUGAGAAAACCAAAGAAGGGAAAACCCCGAUUUGGGCAAGAAAUUCGAGAUGAAGAAUUUCUGCUAAGUGAUGACGUAUUCAACUGUAACCAUGGUUCCUAUGGUGCUGUGCCAAACCAAGUGUUUAGAGUGAGACAAGGAUUUCUUAAAGAAGCUGAGUCCCGUCCUGAUGAAUUCAUGAAAUUGAAGAGUCCAAUUUAUUACGAAGAAGCGCUUCUCAAAACCACUGUCGUUAAAUUAGAGAUCAAAUUACCGAUUCGCAGCAAAGAAGAAAUUAUGCAGCAAUAUAGCGAUGCCCUGGAGGACAAUCCGUCAGUCAAGGUCGCAGUCGUUGAUCACAUCACUAGUUCAUCCGCCAUGGUAAUGCCAAUAAAAGAACUCAUUGAGGUUUGCAAAAGUAAAGAUGUACAGGUGGUAAUAGAUGGGGCACAAGCAAUUGGGCAACUACAAUUUAAUCUGGGAGAGCUUGGUGCUGACUAUUACAUUGGUAAUUUGCAUAAGUGGAUGUUCGGUGUUCGAGGGAGUGCAAUAUUAUGGGUACAUCCAAAACACUACAAGUCUAUCAAACCACUGAUUACAGGUCACAAUUAUCAGCAAAGUUUGUUCAAUCAGUUCUUUAAUCAGGGCACACGUGAUUCAUCUGCUUAUUUCUGUGCACCAGCUGCUAUAAAAUUCUUUGAAGAAAUUGGUGGAUUUGACGAAAUCACCAAAUACAACACAGAAUUGCUUCACUGGGCAAUGGAGUUAUUGAAGGAAUCUUGGAAAACAGAAAGUUUUCCCAUACCUGACAACAUGAGGGCGCCAUUUAUGGGCAUUGUUGCGUUACCGGAGACCAAGAAGGGCCCAAUAAUGAACACGGAUGCCAGAAGCAUUCCUCAGCUAGUGAAGAUUAUAUAUGAAAAAUACAAAGUUUAUGUUGUUAUUGUAUAUCACCAGGAACGUCUCUGGUGUCGAGUGUCAACUCACGUUCACAACACAAAAAGAGAUUACCUAAAACUUAGAGAUGCUGUGUUAGAUAUGCUAAAUAAGUGCUAAAUUUGGAUAUCAAAAGCUAUAGAAAAUAAGAAAUGUGUGAAAUCUUAUUAGGAACCACUACUGUGAUUUAGGGGUUGUAUGCUAAUUGUGGAAGGG